AUGACAGUUCCGGAAGGGAUUCCCAAUCCACAUAAUCUUGUAUGUCGUCUGCGUAAAUCUCUGUAUGGCCUGAAACAGGCAUCCAGAGAAUGGUUUGACAAACUUCAAAGUGAACUGCUUGAUCAGGGUUUUGUUAAGUCUAAAAAUGAUUGUUGUUUGUUCAUCAAGCGGCAUGACACACACAUUACAAUAAUGGUUGUCUACGUUGAUGAUAUCAUAAUCACAGGAACAGACAUAGCUUCCAUUACAGCAAUCAAGCAGCAUCUUGAUAUUGCUUUCAGCAUUAAGGACCUGGGUGUUCUUCACUACUUUCUUGGUAUCGAAGUUGAUUAUGUACCAGAUGGAACAGUCUUAACUCAGUCAAAAUUUACUAAAGAGCUUCUACACAACUUGCCUUUUGAUGUUUCAAAGAAGGUAGCUACUCCAUUGCCUGCUGCACUCAAACUGAAUAAUGAGACAGGACCAUUGAUCCAAGAUCCAGAAAUAUAUCGUUCUUUGGUAGGCAAGCUUAACUAUCUCACAAAUACACGUCCUGAUCUUAAUUACUCAGUCCAAGUUCUCAGUCAAUUUAUGCAUGCUCCACGAGUCCCACACUGGGAAGCCUUGAUACACACAAUACGUUACAUUGCUCACUCAUGUCAUCAAGGUAUUUUACUACGAGCAUCAGACCAGUUAACACUCCAAGCAUAUUCUGACAGUGAUUGGGCUGCAUGUCCCAACACUCGACGCUCUAUCACUGGCUAUGUUUUAUUAUUUGGAUCAUCUCCUGUAGCAUGGAAAUCAAAAAAACAGAGCACAGUCUCAAAAUCAUCUUCUGAAAGUGAAUAUCGAGCCAUGGCUUCUGCUGCAGCUGAUGUGACUUGGACAGUAAGAUUACUUGAAGAACUUGGAGUCACAAACCUGAAACCAGUCACUCUUCAUUGUGACAAUCAGUCAUCUAUAGCCAUUGCAAAGAAUCCCGUGUUUCAUGAACGCACAAAACACAUUGAAAUUGACAUGCAUUUCACUCGUGACAAGGUUAUGGAAGGUCUUCUGCAACUUACUUAUCUUCCUACAACACAGCAGCUUGCUGAUGUUUUCACAAAGAUACUGCCAGCUUCCCAAUUUGAUCUCCUUCUAUCCAAGCUAGGAGUGGUUUCUUCCCCUCCUACCUUGAGGGGGGAUAUUGAGUAUAACACAUCACAGCAUCAAGCACACGUUGCUCAUGCUCACCACAGUGAUAUAAUAUCUCAACAUAAAGAUACACUUGUAGACUUAAGUGUAUUAUUUCGUAAUUUACAGAUGCCACAUCAUCCACCAUGA